ACCCAAGACCACUACUUCUUACUCCAUUAAUAAUAGAGUGGAAAAGAAAGAGAUAUAUGUAUUUUAUACUCCAUAUCUAAAAGGUUUCUUUGUCCUUAACUCUCCUAAAACGUCAUUGAAUCCAAUUGCUUGUAUAUUGUGUAUAGGUUGAAAAUUAUAUUAUUUAUAAUUAUACGUACAUCAAAAGAACGCACGCGCUGCUUACCACCUUGCCGCAACCACCGAACUAUCGUGUUUUCCCCCAACCAAAAGUCCGAGCUCAGCUACUACUCAGAUAAUUUACCCCCGCCGCUACUAAUUUAUAUAACGCCGAGGAAGCGAAAUAUAGCGAGAAAUAUCUUCCACACUCCCACUCGCCUUUAAAUCGUACCUUACAAAGUACACCAAAACAUAAACCACAAAUCCUCAAAUCACAAUGUUCUCUACUCGAGUCCUCCGCCAAGCGGCAGCUCAUGCCGAGAGAACUCCGCUGAUCCGAUUCAUCGGCAAGCGAUCCAUUCCUGAGCACGUAGACCACAGCCCACACCCCCACCCCGCCUCCCCAUCCGGCGCCCUCCCAGCCGGCUUCGGCAGCGGCAGCAACAGCAACUCCCACGUCUCCUUCUCCUCAUACCGGGACCACGCGCAGCAGCACGGUCCCCUGCGCAAGACCAUCGGCGCCGUCGACGGCAUUGGCGCACAGUCCGCGUCGCGACUAGGACCCAUCGAGCCCCCGAAGGGCGUGUACUUCGACCGUAACGAGCUGCCCGAGCGGUUCCGCCGGGUGCCGCUUACGGCUGCCGAGAUCGAGGCGAUUGAGACCGGGGGCGCCGCGUUGUUCGGUUGAGUGUUUUACGCUGUGUCAUUCCGUUCCCCAGCUUUUUUUUUUCUAAAAAAAAAACAAAUGAAGAGAAAAGAAGAUUGGGGACGGGGUGUGGUGGUAAUGCGCGACAUGCUACGAUUUCGGUAGUGGCAGGAGAGGGAAAUAGGAAAGGCGGG